AUGAGCGCCUUCAGCGAGGAGGCCGUUCCUGAAUUCGAUCCCUUGACGACUGCCGGACUUCUCUCCGAACGGUUACAAGCAUGGAAACACGCGGUCGGGUACCUAGAAGACUACGUGAGUGCUGUGGAGAAGAUCCACAAGGCUCACGCGAAAGAAUACGAGAGGGCGCUCAAGCCUCGGGGUAUCGCUGGAUUCUUCGAGAACCUGCGCCACAACACGCAAGCCAUCAUCAACACCAACCUCGAGACGGAGAAGGCUCUCAAGGGCAACGUCCUCCCCGUCCUCGAGCGCUUGCACAAGGAGAUUAAGCACAAGGCUAAAGAACUCGCAAGCGGCGCUGCCAAAGGUGCCAAGGAAGUGGAAAAGGCCCGAAAUAACACCCAGAAGCACAUUGAGCUUCUCGGCCAGCAAACCGCCUCGUACGAGUCCGCGGGUGGUAAGAUUAGUGCUCACGAUGAUCCCUACGUUAUCAGGAAGGGCGUCGUACACCGAUUGCAGAAGCAGGUCCUCGAGGAGAAUGCCCAUAGGGGUGACCUUAUCGCGGUCCAGAAUAACUUUGAGGAAUUUGAGAUCCACACCAUCCAAGUUCUGCAAGGCGUGAUGGAAUCUUUCACGCAGCUUGCGGGCGGCCAGGGCGAAAAGGUUCGCGCCCUACAUUCCGACAUGCUGGGGGCUAUCCAGAGGGUGCCUCCCGAGUUUGAGUGGCUGAAGUUCGUCACGCGGAGCGGCGAGCUCCUGGUAGACCCCAAUGAAGCGCCUCGUGUGGUGGACUCUAUCACGUUCCCUAACAUGGAUCACUCGUCCACCAAGCCGCUCAUUGAGGGCUCGCUGGAGAGGAAGUCACGCAACAAGCUAUCGUGGGGAUACCAGACUGGCUACUACGUGAUCUCGCCCGCCAAGUUUCUGCAUGAAUUCAAAGAUGUAGACACGAACCGCCACGAGCCCAAGCCCGAACUGAGCGUGUUCCUGCCCGGCGCCCUCAUCGGCUCCCCGUGGGAGACAAAUGAACAUGCCCCGCAGCAGAGCGGGGUAUCUCCCGUCGCUGCCCCUGUCGCUGCUCCUGCUGCCGCCCCGGCAGCGCCUGCCGUAACUAAGACAGACAAGGUGGCUGCGCAGGUGUCAUGA